AUGAAAGACCCACUGAAAAUCCGCUGGGGCAUACUCGCUACUGGAGGAAUCGCAUCUGCAUUCGCCAAAGAUCUCUCCAUCGAUCCCCGCACGCGAGGGGUCGAAGAUAUCGAACAUGAGUUGAUUGCAGUAGCAUCCUCUACAUCGAAAACCAAAGCAACUGCCUUCCUGCAAAGUUGCGAUGCACCAAGCCGGGCAAAAGCCUAUGGCAAUUACGCUGAUCUUCUUGAAGAUCCCGAAGUCGACAUUGUGUACAUAGCAACACCUCACUCGCACCAUUAUCGCAAUGCAAUGCAAUGCCUACGCGCUGGCAAGAACGUAUUGUGCGAGAAGGCGUUCACAGUCAAUGCGCUGCAAGCCCAGAUCCUUGUCAAGGAAGCUAGAUCAAGAGAUCUCCUCCUAAUGGAGGGUAUGUGGACACGAUACUUCCCGCUGUCAGGGUAUGUUCGAGAGAAUAUCUCGAGAGGCCGCAUUGGGGAUGUGGACAGGGUCAUUGCUGAGCAUAGUCUAUCAUAUGCCGGGCUAUUUUCCGAUGACAAGCAUAUCAUGAUCAACCCGGAUCUUGCGGGUGGGAUUUUGCUUGACGGAGGUAUAUACAGCUUGACCUGGGUUUUCCAGGCUCUUUGGCGGAAGGACUCACAUCAUCCCAAGCAACAGCCAAUCGUCAAGUCAGAAAUGGCGAAAUACGGCCCAACUGGCGUCGAUGGCAUGACAACAGUACUACUUGAGUUUCCCAGAGCCUCGCCAUUCGGGAAUGCGCACGCGGUGGCCGCAACUUCGCUUGGCUUGUCAAAUGAUGCGGUGGCUAUCGCCAACGAUGUAGCAGUACCAUGCAUUCGAAUCCAGGGCCAGCUUGGCGAAAUACAGAUAUUUCCACCCGCGUAUCGACCCACACGUACGAGGAUCGUCUUGAAAGACGGGACCGUCGAAGAUAAGAAUUGGCCCCAACCCGGUCCAGGCGUGGGUAGUGGAUGGUUCAACGGAUAUGGUGGUGUUCACUCAGAGGGUGAAGGUCAUGGCUUGUUUUGGGAGGCUGAUGAUGCUGGUAGGGCGCUAAAAGAGGGAAGGAAAGAGGGCUCACAACUGGGCCUCGACGAGAGCGUCCUGAUCAUGGAGAUCAUGGAUGAAAUUCGAGCUGCUGCGGGCCUUCGAUACCCGGACGCAGUGGAGACAACGGACCUCUAG